GCGCUGGAUCUUGAUGGAGAAGAUGGGGGAUGGCGCCUUUAGCAACGUCUAUCGCGCCAAGGACACCACCGGCGAGUUCAGUGAAGUCGCCAUCAAGGUGGUGCGCAAGUUUGAAAUGAACAGCAACCAGGUAGGACCGCAAGCUAUCUCCUUUACUCUUGUGCUAGUCGCUUCCUGCUUUUCUCUCUCGAUUGCUUUCUCUUGGUUUUGUCUUGUGUGCUCUGUCGUCUUUAAAUCAUUUGGCCAAUGUCUUUCUACUAGACUGCCGCUCAUCUGCAUCCGGGAAUCAGAAAGAAACCCAAAGCUACGGAGGUGCGCAAACACUAGAUAACAUCAUCCAUUCACCGGGCAUCCCUGUCUAUCGCUCACACCUGCUCUGCAACGUUCCGCUUCGCGUCGUUGGCUAUAGCUGGCACCCAUUGUGUGACUGAACCAGAGUGACUGACCUUGCUAUAGCGUGCCAACAUCCUGAAAGAAGUACAGAUCAUGCGCAAUCUCGAUCACCCCAACAUCGUCAAGCUGAUCAGUUUCUCCGAGUCGCGCCAAUACUACUAUAUCAUCCUCGAACUCUGCCCCGGUGGCGAGCUGUUCCAUCAAAUCGUGAGAUUGACCUACUUCAGUGAGGAGCUCAGUCGCCAUGUUAUUGUGCAGGUCGCCAAGGCAAUUGAGUAUCUCCACGAGACAUCCGGCGUUGUGCAUCGCGAUAUUAAACCCGAAAAUCUUCUCUUCUACCCCACAGAUUUCAUCCCGAGUAAGCACCCCAGACCUCGCCAGCCCGGUGACGAAGACAAGGUCGACGAGGGCGAGUUUAUUCCUGGUAAAGGUGCUGGUGGUAUCGGCUUGAUUAAGAUCGCCGACUUUGGGUUGUCUAAGGUUAUCUGGGAUAGCCAAACCAUGACGCCAUGUGGAACGGUCGGAUACACCGCCCCUGAGAUCGUUAAAGAUGAGCGGUACUCCAAGAGUGUCGAUAUGUGGGCUCUGGGUUGCGUUCUCUACACUCUCCUCUGUGGUUUUCCGCCGUUCUACGACGAGAGCAUCCAAAUCCUGACUGAAAAGGUCGCUCGUGGUCAAUACACCUUCCUAUCGCCCUGGUGGGACGAUAUUUCCAAGUCCGCCCAGGAUCUGAUCUCUCAUCUUCUGACGGUGGACCCGGAGAAGCGCUAUACCAUCAAGCAGUUCCUCGCCCAUCCCUGGAUCCGUGGCACCGAUGAGGCUACCGAAGCUGCUGCGGACGCUCCUCCACUUGCCACGCCUCUUACUACCCGUAAGCAGGGACAGCCCUUGGAUGCAUUUGCGGCCGACCAAGCGCCAUUCGCUCCGAUCAGUGCCCGCUUGGGCGACCAACCAUCGGCUGGUAUGGAACGCCCUAUGGACUUCCGUUCUCCCGGGGCGAUCAACUUGCGCGAGGUGUUCGAUGUUGGUUAUGCCGUGCACAGACAAGAAGAGGAGGGCAAACGUCGCAAGAACUUCCGUCAAGGUUACCGUGGGGCCAAUCCCUCGACGAACUUCAGGUCGGCGCUGAACCCUCUGAACGAAGACUACGAUGAGCCGGAUGAGGUCAACUAUCAACCCGUCCAGCGCGAAGAUUUUGCCCCUUCCAAGAUCCCCAAGUCUUCACAGCAGGCCGGUGAUGUUGCUGCCAUGGAGGCGAAGCUGCGAUCUACGAACUUGAGUGGUGCGCCCAGCCAUGCCGCUCAAGCACGACAAGCCCAUCAACACCGACAGCAACAAGGAUACGGGCAACACAGUGCCAAGGUGGCCGCCGCUGCAAGACAGAGCAUUGCCCGAGGCGCGCGGGAGCCCUUCGAGCUGAACCUUGAUAAUGCUACUCUCCUAGAGAAGCGCGGUCGACGCCAGCAGGACCAGCCUGUUGCUUAGUUUUCUUUCCAACGGUCCCAGGUCACGUCCUUAACGAAUCGAGACAGCCUUCGGGCUACGAAUUCCUAUUUUUAUGAGUUCAGUGCAUACGGUGACAAUGUUUCUCCUCUGGCUUGGUGAAUGGGAUUGAUUUCCUCUGGGUGGUUUAUAAUCAAUCGGUCGCAUUUCUCAGGGUGUUUUUUUUUCCAUUCUUCUCUUCUUUUCCAUUUAUGAUAAAACUUCUUGUGCGUGUUCUACCUCUUUGCGUUGAUAUUUUUCUAGUUCUCCCUUCCAUUUCCAUUCCAACCUACG